UGGGUGAACGCAACCCAAACCCGAUUACCAGGUGAUAAAAAUUUAACUUUUGGAACCAACCUCAGUUUUAACCAAACCAACCUCACUUUUAAUCAAACCAACCCAAGCAAAAACAGUAACAGAUUCGGAAAUAUCUCAAACUCCUGAAAAUCCAGUUUCAGUUCGGAAAACAAAAUUUGGUAAAGUUUUGGAGUCCUUUUCAGUAUCGGAAAACCCUUCACCUUAUAAAUAAGUCUUCAUCCGUGUUUCUAAUUUGCAACACUAGAAUAUGGAUUAUCUCAUAAGCGAAUUACCCGACGAAAUCCUCGAGAACAUAAUCUCGCAUUUGUCGAUAAAAGACGCAGCCGCAACGAGCAUCCUCUCGCGCAGGUGGAGACACUUAUGGAAAUACAUUGAUUAUCCUAUUCUCGACAUCGACCUUGCAGAUUUAAUCUCCAUCUCCUCGUACGAAAAUCCAUCUUCACAACCUGUAAGAAGCGAAAUACUGAGUUUGGUGUCGACCAUCUUGGAUCGACAUCAAGGCUCAACCAUACCCGAACUCAGAAUUCGUUUUCCUUAUUGCUAUUCCAGCUUCGGGGGUGAAGUCGAUGCACGCCCGUUAGUUUGUUGGAUUAAGACAGCCGUCAAAAAGAAAGUUAAAAAUCUUUUUCUACAGUUCAACACAUUGGGUGGUAAUACUAUUACCAAUGCUCGGACAUUCCGAACACUUCCUUCCAGUUUCAGUUCUCUCGUAUCUCUUUGCCUUGUAGCUUUACAUUCUUUAUAUUCUCGAACAUUGAUCAACUAUUUUUUAUUGAAUUCUCCACUUUUAGAGAUGUUGUUCAUUCAAAGGUGCUCCGGCUUGACAAACUUGAAAAUCUACUGUCCGAACCUAAAACAUCUUACUUUAAGUGAUACCUCUACUGAACAUCUUGAAAUAUCAGCACCAAAUCUCGAAUCUUUCAAGUUUCAACACGACUCUCAGCCGACCCUUGUGUUUAAAAAUGUUCCGUCUCUCAAGCAUAUAUCUUUGGAGGGAUUCGACUCUUACAGACUUAUAGUAAGUAGUAAUCGAAACCCUAUUUUCCGUUUGUUAACUCAACUUGACUCGCUUGCAUUGACAAAACUUAGCCAGGCGGAUAUAACUUCUAGUCCUAUCAUAAACUUUCCUGUCCUGAAAAAUCUCAAGCAAUUGGACCUCUCCAUAAAUAGUUAUUCUGAUCUACUCAACACUCUUAUUCCGUUGCUACAAGCUUCGCCCGAGUUGCUUAAAGUAUCGCUCAUCAAUUUGGAAAACGGGGUUUAUGGAUGUUCAAGGGGGGAAUACGCGCUGAGUUCGCGCCAUCAAUGUCUUGAGGUGGUGGAAAUAGUCGGAUUUAUGGGUUCUGGGGAAGAGAUAGAAUUGGCUGGUUACUUAGCGGAGUAUGCUACUUCACUCAAGAAGAUAAUAGUACAUCCUCAUUAUGAAUCGGUCCAUUCAGGUGGGUUGGUUCGAUUGAGACUUAGGCUACCUUCACCUGUAGAGUUACAGAUAAUUUAGUAUCAUUAGCUCAUAGAAUGUCAUUUUAUAAUUAUUAUUUUUCUGUUCCGAUAUUCCGAUCAAUGAUCUACAUCGAUAAAGAAUUUAUUUUCAUUCAGUAAUCAAAA